GUCUGACCGUGCUCGGAUGGAAACCUCCUCUUUACACGUCUCAUAACAGGAAAUAUGAGACCGGUGUUCUUGUAAUUGCUAGACGAUUCAUGUAUCUCUGUCUUUUACAAUGUCGGUGAGGGUCUUAAUCUGUUUGAUUUUUUGUGCUGGUGAACCUACAGGCUCCAAUGAAAAGGUUACUCAAAUUGCCCUUGGGAAUGAUUUUACUUUAAGCUGCUCAUGCAACACUGGACAGGCUUGUUGGGAAGGACCUAAAAGCAGCAACACAAUGAGAGUGAAUUUCGAAGGGAUAGAGUAUCUGCUUAUAAAAGACUUUCAAAAUCAGAACAGAGGCAAAUAUGAUUGUUGCAGAAAAAGAAAUAAAGAUAGUCAUAUUUUGGAUCAAAAAUAUGGAUCAUCAAAUGACCACUCGAUUUUGUUUCGAGCCAGUGAGGGAGAUUCACUCUUCCUUUUCUGCAAAGAUCUGAUCUCUUCAUCAGUAAAGGCCACCUGGUCCUGGAGACCCCACAGCUUAGGUCAAUAUAUCACCCUUCAACCGGACUCUGCUGUGAAACGGUUCCAUUUCAGCGCUAAGGACAAUGACUUUUCUUUAACCAUCUCAAAUAUAGACUGGGGCGACUCUGGGACAUAUGAAUGUCAACGUGUUAAGGAUUUAUCUGCAGCAAAGACCUCCUUUGAACUUGUGGUGGUGAGAGUUCACGCCGACCCUCAGCAGACCCUCAGCAUAACUGAGGGGGAAGACGUCAAGCUACAAUGUGAAGUUUCUUAUAGGUUUCCACACAUACAGUUGCGCUGGAUCAACAUGGACACCAAAGAGAACUUUCCAAACCCACAUCAGCUGAGGAACGUUACGAUGGGCCAGAGAAACUGGAUGUGUGCUGUUUUUAUCGGCUCCACACUAAAAGCACUUAUUCCAUUAACUCUAAACAUUAGCCAGUAUUUCACCACCACUGCCAGAUCAUCAACUCCGACGACUCAUUAUCACACCUCCGAUGAGUCAAAAACUCUGCUACAGACUACAAGAAACAAUCGCUGGACUACAUCAGAAGCUGACUCAGAGGGAACCAGCCACCCUCAGAAAAACCUCAUUUUAAUCACCAGUGGGUUCUCCUUCAUCCUCGUAGUCACGCUUGGUGCUGUAUACUGGAGAAGAAGGACUAAGAACAAUGCAGAAGCGGAGCACCCUGCUCUAUGUAUGAGAGACAGCAUUACAUACGCUGAAGUGAGCUUCAGGCAGAAAUCAGUAAAACCUUACAGUAAUUUUAUUAAGGUCAUCUCUACUGGGUUUUCUAAUCAGAGAGGAGGAAAACAUUGGAGGAAGAUCUCCCUAUGUGGGAGAGAGACAGUGUUACAUACGCUGAAGUGAGCUUCAGGCAGAAACCAGAUGAUGUUUCCUCUGAAUGUGAGCCAGUUUCUGUAAGUAAAGACAAAGUUCAGCACAAACCCAUUUCCUUCUGUUUCAUCUCUGUUUCUCUGUAUAAAAGACCCCAUCUUUUCUGUCUCCUCUUAUUCAGAAGGACAAUUCAGCCGAAUAAGAAGUCCUGUAUUCAUCUGUUAACUUAUCUAAAUGUUUAAGUUAAAUUUUAUUUGGUGUGUAUAUAGUAUUUCACUAUAAGUUUACACCUGUAUACGUAUAAUGUAUUCUAGUUAAUCAUUAUUAACACAUGUAUCAUUUUGCAAUAUAGAUAAUCUAAAUUAUUUGCUGUAGCAAUACUAUAUCUCUUUUGUUCGUUAUUCUUUUUUUUUUAAAUUCACUCUGAUCUACACUUUAAAUUCUAGAAAAAUAAAUUGUGGGGAAUUAAGUGAGUGUAAUUUCGGUCUUUUAAAGUCACAAAAUAUAAUCAGACACAAUGUAAAUUGUAAACUAUGAAAUGUUUCUUUGUGCAUUUAUAGACAGUGCGGUGAAAAUCUUUAUUAUUAUAGCUGAGGAGAUAAUACACACAUGAUAAUAGGAAAGUAAAAUAAGAACAUAACGCUUUUGAUGUAGACAAUACCAGUUGAUUUAUCAAGUUGUGAAAUUAAACUGAAAACUGAAAUUAUCUUAAAGUUCCUCAAUAAAAUUUCACCUGAUUGCAAUGUCAAUAAUUACUGCUGUGCUUUCAGUAUGAAUUGUCAUUUUAGAUAAUUAAAACAGAUAUUUGA